UCCUGAAACACUCCGGAGCGAUGGGCAGAUGAGAGAAAAUCAACCCGUCACCCCGCAUCCACAUCUCCACUGUCCUCCUCCUCCUCCUCCUCCUCAUCAUCAUCACCAUCAUUAUCUGAGGGACUUUAUCCCGCGGCCAGGACUUACUUUCUGAGGAAUUAAUCCUGGGAAAAUUACGAAAACUGUGGAAAACUCAGUCGUUGCCUUUGGAAAACUUUGCAAAACUCACUUUCUGUGGAUAUAAACACGUUCAAACCGUUUUUUACACACGUUCAUAUCACAUUUGGAGGGCUUGUCACUUUAUUUUCUUCGAGUUUUUAAGAGAAUUUUUCCUGAUGACGAGCUAAAAUCAUUAGCCUGUUAGCCGAACGUCUUUAUUAGCUGGAUCAUUAGCCCGUUAAAGUUGAACAAACUAGGGAUAUUUUAAAGUGUACAUGCUUGACGUGUAUUUAAACUAGUAUUGGUUAAUAUUAAUCCAUUAAUUUUGUAUUUAUGCGAGAGAAAGCAGACGUUGUGUCGCGAGAUGUUGUUUAGCUAGUUAGCUGGAGUGGCUACAGAUAAAGGCACUUAAAUAUCUGCCAAUAAAUGUAAUAUUUACUAAACACAGGAUAUACAUUAUUUUCGGCACAAACGCGAAUGUUCUUUUGUAGUUAAAUGUCUUAAAUUGUAAAGUUUUUUCCCCUCAUUGGUUGUUUUGCUUCUCUUUCACUGGGUUUAUCACUAGAUUCAAAGAUGUAGUGAAACGUUUUUAUUAGGUAUGAAAUUAACAUUAAGUUUAAUGCAGUUUUUGCAUUGCAUUUUAGUGUGAUUAUGCGUGGGUUUUAUUGAUAGGCGUUGAAAGAGCCCUUUGCAUUGAUUUUCUUAUAAGAUUAAAGUACAUUUUUGGACUGACACUCUUUUUGAAUCAUGUCUGGUGAGGUGCGUUUGAAAAAGCUGGAAAAACUGAUCCUGGAUGGCCCUGUCCAGUCUAAUGGACAGUGUUUUAGUGUGGAAGCCCUUCUGGAUGUGCUCAUAUGUCUUUAUGAUGAGUGCAUCAACUCCCCGCUCAGAAGAGAGAAGAAUAUAGCUGAGUUUUUGGAAUGGGCUAAACCAUUCACCUCUAAAGUGAAACAGAUGCGACUGCAUAAGGAAGACUUUGAAAUCCUAAAGGUUAUUGGACGAGGAGCUUUCGGCGAGGUAGCGGUUGUAAAGGUGAAAAGUUCAGACAAGGUGUUUGCCAUGAAGAUCCUCAACAAGUGGGAGAUGUUGAAAAGAGCAGAGACAGCAUGUUUUCGGGAGGAACGGGACGUGCUGGUGAACGGGGACUGUCAGUGGAUCACCACACUGCACUACGCCUUUCAGGACGAGAACUUCCUGUACCUGGUUAUGGAUUACUAUGUGGGUGGCGACCUCUUGACCCUGCUUAGUAAGUUUGAGGACCGAUUACCGGAGGACAUGGCACGAUUCUAUUUGGCUGAGAUGGUUUUGGCAAUUGAUUCUGUGCAUCAGCUUCACUACGUUCACAGAGACAUCAAGCCAGAUAAUAUUCUUAUGGAUGUAAAUGGACAUAUACGGCUCGCAGACUUUGGCUCCUGCCUAAAACUCAUGGAGGAUGGAACGGUGCAGUCCUCCGUCGCCGUGGGAACGCCAGACUACAUCUCUCCAGAGAUCCUGCAAGCCAUGGAGGAUGGGAAGGGGAAAUAUGGUCCAGAGUGUGACUGGUGGUCACUGGGCGUCUGUAUGUAUGAGAUGAUGUACGGGGAAACGCCUUUCUAUGCCGAGUCCCUGGUGGAAACGUAUGGCAAGAUUAUGAACCAUAAGGAGCGCUUCCAGUUCCCUGCCAAUGUGAUGGAUGUCUCGGAGAAUGCCAAAGAUUUGAUCCGAAGGCUCAUCUGCAGCAGAGAGCACAGGCUGGGACAAAAUGGCAUUGUGGACUUCAAACAGCACCCGUUCUUUUCUGGCAUCGACUGGGAGAACAUCCGCAACUGUGACGCCCCCUACAUCCCUGAAGUCAGCAGUCCUUCUGACACUUCAAACUUUGACGUGGAUGACGAUUGCCUCAAGAACACGGAGACAAUGCCUCCUCUGUCCCACACCGCCUUCUCUGGACACCAUCUCCCAUUUGUAGGUUUCACCUACACCAGCAACUGUACGCUGUCAGACAGUGGCUGUCUGCGGGAGUCUGCGGCACUUGGGCAGAUAGACGUAUGUGUGCAGCGCAGCCUGGAGGACAGUCUAGCUAGUGAAGCAUAUGAAAGAAGAAUCCGCCGUCUGGAGCAGGAGAAACUAGAGCUCAGUCGCAAACUACAAGAGUCCACUAAGACAGUUCAGGCUCUGCAAUACUCCAGUGGUGACGGGACUGUGUCUGCUAGUAGAGAGUUUGAAAUCCGUGGACUCAAGGAAGAGAUUGAGACCUUGAGGAAGCAGAUCUCAGACACAGGGCAGGUGGAGCAGCAGUUAGAACAGGCCGGUGCUGCUCGCAAAGAUCUGGAAGAGUCCUCCAAACAGAUCCGAUCUCUGGAGAAACAGCUCAAGAGCAUUAAGCAUGAGAGAGAUGACAUGCAGAAGAGCCUUCAGGAGUCCUCUGAGAAGCUGAAAGCUCAAGGGAAGGAGUUGAAGGAAGCAGACAGCCAGAGGAAAGUAGCCAUGCAGGAGUUUGGCGAGGUGAGCGUGAGGGUGACAGAGCUGCGAUCACACAAGCAGCGUCUCACAAGACAGCUCCGAGACAAAGAGGAGGAGAUAGACACUCUCAACCAGAAGGUGGAGGCACUACGACUAGAUGUGCGCAAAGCUGAGAGGGCCAAGAAAGAGAUGGAAGCCCAGGCUGAAGAGUGGUCUGCUGAGGCUCAGAAGGAGAAGAAGUUGAGAGAACGCAGUGAGCAGUAUAGCAGACAACUGGAAGACGAGCUGGAGGGAAUGAAGCAGAAACAGGUGGGUCGUUCUCCAAGUGUUGGCUCCUCUGAACAGAACCAAGAGUUCAGUAAACUACGAGCAGAACUGGAGAAGAAGACUCUGUUCUAUGAAGAGGAACUGUCCCGCAGAGAACUUCAGCACGCCAAUGACCUGAAGAACCUGAAGAAAGAGUUACGAGAGGCUGAAGGACAGCAGCUCACCCUGAAGAAAGAGAUCAUGAUGCUCAAAGACAAGCUGGAGAAGACCCGCAGAGAGAGUCAGAGCGAACGAGAAGAGUUUGAGACUGAGUACAAACAGAAGUACGAGAGAGAGCGAGUUCUGCUGAUAGAGGAGAACAAGAAACUCUCCACUGGACUUGACAAGAUGACUUCCUCGUUUGAGAAGCUGAGUUGCAGUAACAGGCAGCUGGAGGAUGAGAUGAGAGAGAUGGCUGAUAAGAAAGAGAGUGUGGCUCACUGGGAGGCCCAGAUCACUGAAAUCAUUCAAUGGGUCAGUGAUGAGAAGGAUGCUCGGGGGUAUCUACAGGCUUUGGCCACUAAGAUGACUGAGGAACUUGAGGGUUUGAGGUACACCAGCCUGGGUGAACAAGCUACUGACAUGCCAUGGAAGAGGAGACGUUUGGCUAAGCUGGACAUGUCUGCUCGUCUGGAGUUGCAAUCUGCACUGGAGGCUGAGAUAAGGGCUAAACAAACCAUUCAAGAUGAGCUCAACAAAGUCAAGGUGUCCCAUAUGGCCACUGAAUGUAAACUGAAGGAAUCUGAGAAGAUAAACCUGGACCAGCAGGCAGAAAUCCAGAGACUAAAACAGGAAAUUGAAAGUCUGCACAUAUCUAAAGGUGUCAAGCACCAAGACUCCCAGAAUUCCUUUUUGGCAUUCCUCAAUGCUCCGACCUCUGCCUUGGAUCAGUUUGAUGUCGACUCCGUUGAUAACUUCAGCCUGUCUAACACACCUUCCCGGGAGGAUGAUGGAAAAUCCCAGGUCACGUCCCACUCUCGCUCGCCCUCAACCACAAGCGAUAUGGAGCCCCAUGAGCAGGUGGAUCAACCACAGCAAGGUGCACAAACUCCCAUACGGUCGGGAUACGGCAGCUCUGGUCACAGCACACCUAAACCAAAAGCCCAUCAGUUCGUGGUGAAGUCCUUCACUACGCCCACUAAAUGUAACCAGUGUACGUCUCUGAUGGUGGGAAUAAUCCGUCAGGGCUGUACGUGUGAAGUGUGUAACUUCUCUUGUCAUGUGACAUGUGCGGACAAAGCCCCUGCUGUGUGUCCGAUCCCACCGGAUCAAACCAAAGGACCGCUGGGUAUCGACCCCCAGAAGGGAAUCGGUACGGCCUAUGAGGGGCACGUCAAGGUGCCUAGGCCACUAGGUGUAAAGAAGGGCUGGCAGAGAGCCAUCGCUGUCAUAUGUGACUUCAAACUCUUCUUAUAUGAUCUCCCUGAAGGCAAAGCUGCUCAGCCUGGUGUCGUAGUGAACCAGGUCAUUGACAUGAGGGAUGAGGAAUUCUCAGUUAGCUCCGUUCUGGCGUCAGAUGUCAUUCAUGCAAACUGGAAAGACAUUCCCUGUAUCUUUAGGGUGACAGCAUCUCAGCUGUCCUCCCCCAGCUGUAAGAAAUGUUCCAUCUUGAUCCUGGCAGACAGUGAUCAGGAGAAAACCAAGUGGGUCGGCGUCCUGAACGAACUGCAUCGUCUCUUGAAGAAGAGCAAACUGAAAGAACGCAGUGUUUACAUCCCUAAAGAAGCAUAUGACAGCGCCCUGCCUCUCAUCAAAAAAACACAGUCUGGUGCUAUUAUAGAUCAUGAGAGAAUAGCUCUGGGCAAUGAGGAGGGAUUGUACGUUAUUCAUGUUACCAAAGAUGACAUUAUCAAGGUAGGAGACAAUAAGAAGGUCCAUCAGAUCGAGCUGAUCCCAUCUGAACAGCUAAUCGCUGUGAUAUCAGGUCGAAACGGUCACGUGCGACUCUACCCCAUGGUGGCCCUGGACGAUCGCGAGGCCGACUUCUGCAAGCUAGCCGACACAAAACGUUGCCACACCCUGGUUUCAGGCACAAUCAGACACGGGUCUCUCACCUGCCUCUUUGUGGCUAUGAAAAAACCUGACAAGGUGAUCAUUUACGAACUCAAUAAGAGUAAAACACGACAUCGAAAGCUGUGGGACAUCCUGGUCCCGGGAACCGUGCAGUGGAUGGGGCUGCAUGGCGAGAAGCUUUGCGUGGGCUUCCAGUCCGGGUUCCUGCGCUACAAUCUUCAGGGCGAUGGAGCUCCCAAUAGCCUCCUCCAUCCAGAUGACCACACGCUAGCUUUCAUCGAGCAGAUGAGUCUGGAUGCGCUCUGUGCAGUGGAGAUCUCCAGUAAAGAGCUGCUGUUGUGCUUCAGCAGCAUCGGCGUUUAUGUGGACUGCCAGGGCAGACGGUCACGACAACAGGAGCUGAUGUGGCCGGCCACGCCCACCGCCUGCCGAUAUAAUGCACCUUAUCUGUCAGUGUACAGUGAGAAUGCAGUGGAUGUGUUUGACGUCAACACUAUGGAGUGGAUUCAGACGAUGCUUUUGAAAAAGGUUCACCCUCUGAAUGCUGACGGCUCUCUCAACCUGCUGGGACUGGAAACCAUACGGCUCAUCUAUUUUAAAAACAAGACAGCAGAGGGUGAUGAGCUGGUGGUCCCAGAGACUUCAGAAAACAGCCGCAAACAGAUGGUGCGCAGUAUGGCGAGCAAACGUCGCUUUUCUUUCCGUGUGCCGGAGGAGGAGAGAGUUCUGCAGAGGAGGGAGAUGUUGAGAGACCCAGAAAUGAGGAAUAAGUUAAUAUCAAACCCAACAAACUUCAACCAUGUUGUUCAUAUGGGCCCUGGAGACGGAAUCCAAAUACUCAAGGAUCUGCCAAUGCCCGGUUCUCCUCUCCCCUCUCCCCGCCUGCGCCUCAUCUCCUCCCCCACCAGCUUUGAGCAUGUCUAUCACAUGACUGUUACCUCUGCUGACAACUUCCUGACCCAGGAUUCCUCCCCUCUAUCCUCCCACUCCCCAUCUCUCAGCUCCGCCCCCGGGACCCCCGCUUCCAUCUGCUCUUUGAACGUGCGUUCACAAGAGAGUCGUGGUGUCCUCGGAGCAUCCGUCAGCAUCCCCUCCAUCAGCAAAGCCAGACCUGAACCGGGCCGAUCUACGAGCGCCAGCAGUGGUCUCGGCACACGCUCCUCCUCUCAAAAUGGCAGCGCACUGAGACGAGACUUUUCCGUUGGCAAAUAUGGUUCCACCAAACGGCAGAUGACAUCGCCCUCUGAUGGCUCGCUCUCAUCCAGAGGGGGUGUGGACUGCGCGGGUGACGCCCCCCUCUCACAGUUCGACAGAGAGGAUUCAGAGUCACCUCGUCACUCCACGGCCUCCAACAGCUCUAACCUGAGCAGCCCACCCAGCCCCUCAUCCCCACACAAGAGCAAGACUCAAUCUCUGGAGCGCGGUGAACACCUCGGAUGGGAGACAUGAGCGGGGCCCCUGCCCG